AUGGAAGACCAGAAAUGGAGAUUGUCUCCGACCCCCUUGACAAUUUUUAUUCUUGGUCUCAUUUACAUUCUCAGCAUUUCCUCUGCUAAUGCUGCUAUUGCAGUAGCUGGUACAAGUAGCUCAUUGUCAACUUAUAUUAUCCAAGUACGAAAGCCGACGGACAAACAUUUUGCUACCAAAGAGGAUCUCGAUACUUUGUAUCGGUCAUUUUUACGAACCACAGCAACCAGCUCUAACCAAGAGCAAAGAAUAGUUCACUCAUACCAACAUGUGCUAUCCGGGUUCGCGGUCAAAUUGACCGCCGAGGAAGCUAAAGUCAUUCGCGAGAAGGAUGGUGUUUUGUACGUGCAUCCAGAGAGGGUGCUCUCUCUACACACAACUCACACCCCUGACUUCCUGGGAUUGCACCAAGGAGUCGGGCUCUGGAAGGACUCGAACUUUGGUAAGGGCGUGAUCAUCGGAGUAUUGGACACGGGGAUUUUCCCCAACCACCCUUCCUUCAGCGACAAGGGGGUGCCUCCGCCCCCAGCCAAAUGGAAGGGCAGGUGCGACUUCAACGGCACGUCCUGCAACAACAAGAUCAUCGGUGCGAGGUCUUUCAUUGACUCGAACAAUGGCGCGCAGGCCGUUCCGCCGUAUGAUGAUAAUGGGCAUGGCACGCACACUUCCAGCACAGCUGCUGGUGCUUUUGUGAGGGAUGCCAGUGCGCUCGGUAAUGCCAAAGGCACGGCCAUAGGCAUGGCACCUCUUGCACAUUUGGCAAUGUACAAGGUUUGCACGGUUGACGAGUGCCGUGUGAGCAAUGUAUUAGCUGGGCUCGACGCGGCCAUCGAGGACGGUGUCGAUGUGCUUUCCCUCUCUUUAGGUGGAAAUUCCCGACCGUUCUUCGACGACCCGAUUGCAAAGGGUGCAUUUGCCGCCACCCAAAAGGGCAUCUUUGUCAGCUGCUCCGCUGGGAAUUCAGGGCCAUAUAACACCACAUUGUCAAAUGAGGCACCGUGGAUUCUCACUGUGGGAGCAAGCAGCAUUGACCGCAGCAUAAAGGCCACGGCGCGGCUGGGGAACGGGCUAGAGUUCGAUGGGGAGACCUUGUACCAACCGCUUGACUUCCAUUCGGGGCUACUUCCCCUUGUUUAUCCGGGAGUAAACGGAGAUACCCUGGCCUGCGAGCCCGGAGCACUAAGAUUCCGCUCGGACAUCCAAGGGAAAGUGGUUAUGUGCGACUUUGGAAGUGUUGACCGAGUCGCAUCAGGUCAGGAGGUCAAGGCUAGAGGUGGUGUGGCCAUGAUCCUCAUGAACGGUCCCACUGCAGGAUUCACCACAUUUGUCGAUGCGCAUGUCCUACCCGCCGUCGAAGUGACAUAUGUCGCGGGGAGAGAGAUCAAGAGAUACCUAAGCACAGCGUCAGCACCAAUGGCCACGAUCCUAUUCAAAGGCACGCACAUCAUUGGGAGAUCGGUCGCCCCGGCUGUAGCAUCAUUCUCUUCCCGCGGCCCCAACCAUCAAAGCCCAGGCAUCCUCAAACCGGACAUCAUCGGCCCGGGCUUGAACAUUCUUGCCGGUUGGCCAUUUCCUUUAGACAAUUCUACAGACAUGAAGCACGCAUUCAACGUGAUCUCCGGGACCUCCAUGUCCUGCCCCCAUCUCAGUGGUGUGGCGGCGCUGCUCAAGAGUGCACACCCCAACUGGUCGCCAGCGGCCAUCAAGUCCGCCAUCAUGACCACUGCCGGCACCUCCAACAUGGAGGGCCGACCCUUCGUGGACGAGACGCUCCAUCCAGCAGACAUUUUUGCCACUGGUGCAGGACACAUCAACCCAUCGAAGGCCAUCGACCCGGGUCUCAUUUACGACAGCGGACCGCAAGAUUACAUUCCUUACCUUUGUGGGCUCAACUAUACUGACUCCGAAAUAGAGCUCAUAGUUAAUAAAAAAGUCACAUGCUCGAGCAUAAGGAGCGCACCCGAUUACCAGCUCAACUAUCCAUCGAUCAGCGUGAGCUUCAAGCCUUCGGUGACGAAUGUGAGUGUGACAAGGAUGGUGAAAAACGUUGGACCCGCGAAGUCGCGUUACCAGUCGGUCGUCGAUCCGAUCAAGGAUCUGGUCUCAAUUAGCGUGUACCCUCGUGAUCUGGUGUUCACGGAGGCGAACCAGACAGCGAGUUACCGGGUUGACUUUACGAGGAGAAUUGACUGGAAAGCGCCGUCACCGUUUGCUCAGGGGGCGAUCACGUGGGUCUCUGCUCAGCAUUCGGUUCGAACCCCUGUCGCCAUUGUGUUUGAGUGA